AUUCAAUUCUUUUGCACAGUUCUUCGGUCAUUUGUGCAUCUCAUGUAUUAUAAUCUAUAAAGGGUGAAAUAUAUCGAAAAUGAUCAAGAUGUGUGCGGCAUUUUCCCUAUUUCUGCUGUAUUGCAGUUUUGUGAGCGCAAAACUGCGAUUUGCGUCCAUAGGGGAUUGGGGAACUGGAACAAAAACACAAGCUAAAGUAGCUGGAAAACUCAAGGAAAUUGUACAAAAUGAACGCGUUACAUUUCUCGUAUCACCAGGCUCUAACUUUGAAUAUGGUGUUUCUGGCAUCUCCGACGAUAAGUGGAUCUCACAGUUUGAAAAUAUCUAUAACGAUGAUUCUGGAAUUAUGGACAUACCCAUGUUUACUGUACUAGGUUCUGGAGAUUGGCAAGGUGAUUACAACUCUCAGAUUAACAGGUCGCAACAAAUAUACCUUAAUGGGCAAACCAUUACUGUAAAUGAGGAAGGAAAGAAGACAAAUGGGCUUCCUAGGCUUAUUAUGCCGAAUUGGUGGUAUCACUAUUUUACACACUUUGCUACAAACGCAAGCGUAUCCUUGUUAAAGAGUGGUCACAAGGACAUGAGUGUUGGCUUUAUAUUCAUAGAUACCUGGAUCUUGUCUCAUGCAUUUCCCUUUAAGGAUGUCACGGAUUCGGCCUGGAACGAAUUGAAGACCACCUUAGAAAUUGCACCCAAAAUUGUAGACUACAUUAUUGUUGUCGGUGACAAGCCUAUAAUAUCUUCAGGUGCUUCAAAGGGAGACUCAAACUUGGCCUACCACUUACUUCCCCUCCUCAAGGAGGCUCAAGUCGAUGCCUAUAUUGCUGGACAUGAUCAUGAUAUGGAGUUUAUAGAUUAUCAAGACAUAUCGCUUAUUGUCUGUGGUUCUGGAGGUGCCAAGGGAAGGAAGGCUCUCCUAAAGUCAUCUUAUUCCAAGUUCUUUAGCGAUGCUCCAGGUUUCUGCCUCCAUGAGCUUGACGCUGAUGGUUUUACCACAAAGUUUAUAGAUGGAGAAACUGGUCAAGUUAUCUUCUCUCACACUAGAGCUCCAAAGGAGAGGAAGCAGAGACAAUUUGGAAAUGAGAUUCAACAGAUAUCAAAAUUACCAGAUGUUAUUCUCCAUCCAGUUGGUUUCUUUGGAAACGUUACACAUAAGGACACAUUCACUAGGAUUGUUGGUACUAUUGGUAUCAUAAUUGCACUGGUUCAUGUUGUUUUGGCUACCAGUACAACUCUAGGCAAGUCCGUUAAUUAA